CAAGAUUUAUUCAAAUUAAUUGUGAUCUUCCCUUCACCAAUUCCCCGAUCAGAAAAAAAAAAUUAUCGUCCUCCGUUGAAAUUUCUCAGAUUGAUUCGUUUAUACUUGGUGAUGAUCUCGUCAUCAAAUUGAAGCGAGCUCUGUACUCAGACUCUCCUUCGUAAAGGAACCUCUUGUGCCUGUCCCAUUCUAAUCUCCGUAGACUGACUUGCUCUAAAGAUAAAAGAAGAUGGCAGAGGUCAAGUUAUGGAACGACAAGCGGGAAAGAGAGAUGUACGAGAAUUUUGCAGAGCUUUUUGCGAUCAUCAAAGCUACAGAGAAGCUGGAGAAAGCUUAUAUCAGAGACCUAAUCAAUCCUUCAGAGUACGAAUCCGAAUGCCAGAAACUCAUUGUCCACUUCAAAACACUAUCCGCUACACUCAAAGACACGGUGCCAAACAUUGAAAGAUUUGCAGACACGUACAAAAUGGACUGUCCAGCUGCUAUAUACCGCCUCGUGACAUCAGGUCUUCCCGCCACAGUGGAACACCGAGCUACCGUAGCAGCAACUACUUCGAACUCGGCAUCCAUCGUUGCUGAAUGUGUGCAGAACUUCAUCACGUCGAUGGAUUCAUUGAAACUAAACAUGGUGGCUGUCGAUCAGGUUUAUCCUCUCUUGUCUGAUCUGUCGGCUUCUCUCAACAAACUGAGUAUUCUACCGCCGGAUUUCGAAGGGAAGACGAAGAUGAAAGAAUGGCUUUCGAGGUUGUCUAAGAUGGGAGCAGCUGAUGAGCUUACGGAACAGCAGUCAAGGCAACUUCACUUUGAUCUUGAGUCAUCUUACAACUCUUUCAUGGCAGCUUUGCCUAAAGCUGGUAACUGAAUCCAGUGUAGUAGGUUUGCUCUCUUGUUUUUGUGUCCAUGGUCUUUCUUUUAUACUAGUUUAGUAGUAAUUCCAAAGAGAGUUUUACACGAGGAGUUGAGUGUGCUUGUGUACCAUAUUUUGGUUAUAUGAAAAGUACAAAUUACAUGUACUAUCGUUCGUGCUUGAGCCCAAUCUUUGUUCGGCGUUAUUAUUCUUCAAAACGCAACACUUCACAUA